AUGAACUUCACCUACGUCGACUCGUGUUACAACCCAGCCGUUUCCGCCAAUACCUACCAAACAAUCCCAGGACUCAGCAUCACAGCCUGUGGAAUACUGUGCGCGAGAGACCACAGGUGUGAAUCCUUCAGUGUCAAACAGGAGGACCAUGACUUCACUUGUUAUCUGAACUCUGACAGGAGGCAGGAAGACGGGGAGUGCCCUGAUCAGACGUACAGACAUUUCAAUGGCUAUGCCUACCAGUGUCAGAAUGAAGGGACGUUCGUAAAUGUCACUUAUGGAUGCAGAUGUUUCCAUGGUUACAUUGGCAAAUGGUGUGACCGCCUGAUGCAAGAUUGCUCAGAGGGCCGCUACACUGAUCACUAUACCGGCCAAGAAGGCCUGUUUUACAUUCAGCCCAACAAUUCCCUCGUGAAAUACAAGGUGUUCUGUAAAAUGGUGUACAAGGGAAUUACCUUCUUCAUGCGCAGAGGUUUUGAUCUGCCUGAAGUCGAUUUUGCAAGACCUUGGGAAGAGUACAAGCAUGGUUUUGGAGAUCUGGAGGAGAAUGGAAACUACUGGGCGGGACUGGAAAUGCUGCACAGAGUGACCACAAAUCGAGAUCAUAAGUUUGUCGUUAUGGCAUAUUUCCAAGACUAUGGAUCACUGCAUUGGAGGCAACAUUUCUAUAACGUAUUUAAGGCUUACGGGGAGGGAGAGCUCUACAAAUUCACUUAUAGUUCCUCAUCACCAAACAUCUGGGAUACCAAUAAUCGGCAGCUGAUGGACGGACUAGUAAACUCCAUUGGGAUCCCCUUUUCUACCUACGACAACGAUAAUUCCGGCUCCAACUGCCCCAACAUCAGCCAGUCUGGAUGGUGGUUCAACGGUUGUUAUACAUACAAUCCCACCGGUCAGCCACAGCCACUGUCGGUGGUCGACCAGACCAGUGACCCAACGUCGCUGACAUGGCCACAUGCUGACAACAAGGCUCCCGUCAAGAUAGAAAUAUACAUAGAAGAAGAUUAA